CAUCUUUCUGAUCACCAACACAAUAUGUGGUCAUCUCUUUUUGCCGGAACUUUCCAACUUGCAUGACUUCUUGUAACUUAAAACCACCACAUACACACACCUCUCCCUCAAUCAAUUUCUUCCCAAAAAUUAUAUAUGUAAAAUCCCAAUACCCCCUUCAAUUUCACCAUAUUAUCUUCUUGAUUUUGAGCUCCAAAAUUAAAAGAAAAUGGAGGGAAUUUGCACUAGUUGCUUGUACUCUUCAAUAACCCCAUCAAUUGAGUACAAAAGCAGAAGAAAACUCUUGAAUUCCAUUCAAAAAAACCGAACUUCAUUGCCAAGAAUUUGUGCAGUGAGUAGUGUUUCUCCUACACAAAGCCCAUCAGAGAAAACUGGUGCUUUACAAGUGAAGGACAUAUCUAGGAUUAGCGCUUUGGAGCAACUUGAUUUUGAACGUGGUGUUUGCGUUCCCUUUCGCAAAUAUUCCCCUGAAUCUGUGAGAAACAAGGUGUUAGAGUCAAGGGGACAGAUUUUGUCUUUGGUUGGUAGAGGAGUAGAGAUUGUUUGGAAUUUGGGGCUCUAUUGGACUACAUUGGUGUAUGAUUAUUUGGUGGGCCGUGACGAAGAAGUUGUUCCUUUCCGUGCUCGGCAGCUGAGGACUCUGUUGUGUGAUUUGGGACCUUCUUUCAUCAAAGCAGGACAGGUGCUUGCAAAUAGGCCUGAUAUCAUAAGAGAAGAUUACAUGAAUGAACUUUGCAUUCUUCAAGAUGACGUUCCGGCAUUUCCUAAUCAGGUUGCUUUUAACAUCAUAGAAGAGGAAUUGGGCCAGCCUCUUGAAGCUGUUUUCAGCAAAAUUUCUUCAGAAACUAUUGCAGCUGCAAGUUUGGGUCAAGUGUACCGUGCUACUUUACGUGCUUCAGGGGAAGAUGUUGCCAUAAAGGUUCAAAGGCCUCAGAUAGAGCCUAUCAUCUACAGAGAUCUUUUUCUCUUCCGCACUCUGGCUUCAUUCUUGAAUGGCAUCAGUCUACAGAAACUGGGGUGCAACGCCGAGCUUAUAGUUGAUGAAUUUGGUGAGAAGCUAUUGGAGGAGUUGGAUUAUACCUUGGAAGCUCGUAAUAUCGAAGACUUCUUGGAGAAUUUCAAAGAUGACCCUACUGUUAAAAUACCUCGGGUUUACAUACAGCUUUCUGGUCCACGUGUUUUGGUAAUGGAGUGGAUCGAUGGAAUCCGGUGCACCGAUCCACAGGCAAUCAGAGAGGCAGGAAUUGAUAUAGAUGGAUUUUUGACCGUUGGAGUUAGUGCAGCCUUACGGCAGCUACUCGAAUUUGGCCUAUUCCACGGCGACCCUCACCCUGGGAAUGUCUUUGCUAUGCGUGACGGACGCAUUGCCUAUGUGGAUUUUGGCAAUGUUGCUGUGCUCAGUCAGCAAAAUAAACAGAUUCUGAUUGAUGCUGUUGUGCAUGCGGUGAAUGAGGACUAUGGCGAGAUGGCAAAUGAUUUUACCAGGCUUGGAUUCCUAGCUAGUGGAACUGAUGUUGCCCCCAUUGUUCCAGCAUUAGAAGCAAUAUGGCAAAACUCCCUUGAAAAAGGACUUGCUGACUUUAAUUUUAGAAGUGUUACAGGCAAAUUCAAUCAACUAGUUUACAACUAUCCUAUCCGGAUACCAGAAAGGUUUUCUCUCGUUAUUCGUUCUUUAUUGACUCAAGAAGGCAUUUGUUUGACCCUGGAGCCAGAUUUCAAGUUUCUGGAGGUAGCCUAUCCUUAUGUGGCAAAGCGUCUCCUAACAGAUCCUAACCCAGCUUUACGUGAACGCCUUAUACAGGUUCUGUUCAAGGAUGGUCUCUUCCAGUGGAAACGACUGGAGAACCUGAUAACUCUAGCAAAGGAAAACGUCACAAAACUGAGCGAAAACCCUGCAUUUCGAGGGAAUAAUAGAGGAACCAGCAAACAUUUGAAGAUUGAACAGAAACUAGACCUCACUGACACAAUCAAGGAUGGAGCUCGACUUUUCAUACUUGAUGAAGGAAUUCGUAGGCAGCUUCUUCUUGCUUUGACCGAAGACUCCAAGCUUCACAUUGAAGAAGUAGUUGAUGUAUAUAGACUGCUUGAAGACCAGGUAGAUGUACCUUCAAUGGCUUUAGGACUAGCACAAGACUUACCAUCUGUUGCUCGAGAUAUAUUGCUUUCAUGGAGUGCCUCUGUACUAUCAGACCGAUAGUUCCCUUCUGAGUGCAUUCCUCGACGCUGAUAAUAUUUGAAUUUGUUAUCCUUAUGUAAAGUUGAGUUCUCCCUCUUCGCCCUUCCCUUAUUUCUUCUCCUCUUGGUCGCAUUUUCCCCGUGGGAUCUAGGUGGAAUCUCCAAAGUUUUGGGUAAAUAUAUUUGUGUAGUUACAGGGGAAGCAGUAAAGAGAUGAAAGUCGUGUAAUAUGAGAAAUUCGUGUUGAUAACACCAAAUUUUCACAGGUAUGAUGCAACGUGCAAACGUAUCGAAAAGAAAGCAUCAUGUAUAGCAGUGAUUCUUAUACAGUUCUUGUUUGCUGAAAAUCGAGCAUGAUUUUAUUUUGUCUGAAA